AUGGAUCCAACCGUUCCACCCUUUUGUGAUGGAGUUUCAUUCACUCUUUGCGAUGAUGAUGUGUAUGCCUUUGGAGGUGCAGUGCCGGAAAUUAUUUGGCGGCUGCAUCUGGUGACACACACAUGGCAUGAGAUACCGUGCACCGGUAGUGUCCCUGCCGCGCGUAAAAAUCAUGCGGCGGUGAGUUUUGCCGGCAAUUUACUUCUCUGCGGCGGGGAGCCGCUGCACGCCUCAUUUUUGCAGCCGCCAAAGUUGAUGCCGUACUACGAGUUGUCACUGGACACCAUGGCUUGGAGUCUUAUUGAUACAAUUGGAGCUAUCCCGCUGAAUCGGUCACAUCACGCCUGCAGCGUUGUUGGCGAGAGCAUGAUUCUGCUGGGUGGCAAGCCUCUAUUGAGCAAGGACGAAGGUGUGCUGACGAACGAACGGCUGAAUGAAUUUACCCAGGCCGGUUUUUAUGAUGUCUACAUUUUUGAUAUUCUCUCUCGUUUUUGGCGGGCAGUGGUGGCGCUUGGCCCCGCACUAAGGCUCUGGGGCCACUCCGCUGCGGUGUAUGACGAACGAUAUAUACUGGUGUUUGGCGGCAUGGAUGUGUCGGCAAACGAAACAGUAGUCAUCAGUCGCUACGGCAGCCCACAUCACCGGCACGACCCACCGGUAGCGGAGGUCUCAGAUAAACUCUACAUUCUUGAUACGGAGCAAAUGAAGUUUCGUGUCGUGUCUCCUGCCGUUCAAUACCCAACACCACCUCGCGCAUUUCACGCCGCCCAUAUAGACGGUGUCAGGAUGUAUGUUCUCGGUGGGGUGACCGUUGCCAAGCACGGCAAUUUAGUUCCAUUCGAUGACAUGCGGGUGUAUAACAUCAUUGAGGGAAAGUGGAAUUUGAUGGAAUUUCCUUUGCGGUUUCCCGCGGCGGUGCGGAGGCUGUCGUUUGCUUACGAGUCGCAGCUUGUUGUUGUACCGAACAUGACGUCCAUGUGGUGCCUGGAUGUGCACAAGCAGGCGGCAUCGAAGGGGUGGAAGGAGGUCCCCACGUCACACGUGAAGGUUGCCGCGAUUCCAGCGACGAGCGAGGCUGAUGAGUACAACGAGCUGCUGAACCCGAGACGCCGUACAGCGUACGACGACAUUCCCUGUGGGCACACGGAUGGGGUCGAGUUGUCGCAGUCCAUGCCGCCGUCAACGUCGCCCAGGGCACCAUCGAUGCAGUUUGACAUGAUCAUGGAUGAGAUUCAUCAACUGCGGGAACUUCUCACACAGCGCGGCCCGCGACAGCCUUCGCCACAUUCACCACAGCAGAAGCAAAGAAAUAAAGAAGAAAGGCCACCAACCGCGACAGUCACGGAAGGCCUGCAGACUGCGAGGAACGAAGUGGAAUCAGCUAAAAUGAGGGAGAGACGCAGAAGGGGCCGAGAGAAACUAAAAAAACUUACACAUCAGAAAGAGCUCAUACUGCAGUUGACGCGGCGUCUUGAACAUUUAUUGGAGCGGAAAAAGGAGGAAAAACAAGAGGAAACCACGGGACUCUUUGCGGUGGGGCAGCAGUUGUCCCAAAGGACAUCAGAUGAGGCACUGGAAGCUGAUCCUCUCAUUUGCUCCCUUGCAAAACACUGUGAACGUGAUGCUUCUGUGCCUUCUCCCCAGUCGCCAUUGCACGAUACAUUGAUUUCAUUUCAACGCGAGGGAGUGGAGAAAAAGGGGCAGGUCUCCUUCAAUGAUCAAGACGGGACCCUAGAACAAUGGACGAGGCUUAUCGAAAUUCUAAAAAAAUCGCCAAUGAAACCAUCAUCAAAGGCGUUUCGUGCGAGUGUUGUUAUGAUUUAA